AUGGAGAGUGCUUUAACAAAUUCUUCCUCGUCGUUGGCGGGGCGGAAAGUGAAUUUCUCGUCCCCGAGAGGCUUUUUCACUAAAUUCAGAACAAAGUGUAAAGAAACAUUCUUCCCGGAUGAUCCAUUCAAACCGAUAUCGCAGGAGCCAAACCGUUUGAUGAAAGCAAAAAUGGCGUUGGAAUACUUUGUUCCAGUCUUUCAGUGGCUCCCAAAGUAUAAUCUGCAAAAGCUAAAGUACGAUGUGCUUGCCGGUAUCACCAUCACCAGCCUCGCUGUUCCUCAGGGUAUCAGUUAUGCUAAUCUCGCCAGUAUCCCUCCCAUCAUAGGCCUAUAUUCAAGCUUUGUGCCGCCAUUUGUGUACGCCUUGUUGGGAAGUUCGAACACUCUCGCGGUGGGGACAGUUGCAGCAUGCUCUUUGCUUAUCGCUGAGACGAUCGGUGAGGAUAUGGCGAAAGAGGAUCCUACUCUCUACCUUCAUUUGAUCUUCACCGCCACUUUCAUCACCGGUGUUUUCCAGUUUACUUUGGGCUUCCUCAGGUUGGGGAUAUUGGUGGAUUUCUUGUCACACUCGACCAUAACGGGCUUCAUGGGCGGCACAGCUAUCAUCAUUCUCCUCCAACAGCUUAAGGGCGUCUUUGGUUUAGUCCACUUCACGCACAAAACCGAUGUCGUUUCAGUUCUUCACUCAGUCUUCUCCCACCGCCAAGAGUGGAAGUGGCAAAGUGCACUUGCUGGAAUCUGCUUUCUUGCUUUUCUUCAAACCACUCGAUACAUCAAAAAAAUAAAACCAAAGCUAUUUUGGGUAUCAGCAAUGGGUCCAAUGGUGGUCGUCCUUGUGGGUUGCCUAGUUGCGUAUUUGGUGAAAGGAGCCGAACACGGGAUCCAAACUGUUGGGCCUUUAAAGAAAGGGCUAAACCCUCCUUCUAUUCAAUAUUUGAACUUUGACGCCAAGUAUUUACCGCUAGUUAUAAAGGCUGGAAUCGUCACGGGGCUCAUCGCUAUGGCUGAAGGGAUAGCGAUCGGAAGAAGUUUCGCUGUAAUGAAGAACGAACAAACAGACGGGAACAAAGAGAUGAUAGCAUUUGGUCUUAUGAACGUUAUUGGCUCCUUUACCUCUUGCUAUUUGACAACGGGGCCAUUUUCAAAGACAGCAGUGAACUACAACGCGGGGACAAAGACACCAAUGUCGAAUGUAGUGAUGGGAAUUUGCAUGAUGCUUGUGCUUCUCUUCCUUGCGCCUCUAUUCAGCUACACACCACUCGUUGGUCUCUCAGCCAUCAUUAUGUCAGCCAUGUUAGGCCUCAUCGACUACGAGGAGAUGUACCAUCUCUUCAAAGUCGACAAGUUUGAUUUCCUCGUCUGCAUGUCCGCGUUUUUCGGUGUUUCCUUCCUUAGCAUGGACUACGGUCUAAUCAUUUCCGUGGGAUUUUCCAUCAUAAGAGCCUUGUUGUACGUUGCGAGGCCCUCGAGCUGUAAACUGGGAAGAAUACCAAACUCGGUUAUGUUUCGAGACAUAGAACAGUAUCCAGCAGCCGAGGAGAUGCUUGGUUACAUCAUUCUUCAAAUGGGCUCUCCGAUCUUUUUCGCCAACAGCACUUACGUCCGUGAAAAGAUUUUGAGGACGAUUCGUGAUGAACCUGCGGACGUCGAGUUUCUUCUCCUUGAUCUCUCCGGAGUUUCAAGCAUUGACAUGACCGGGAUGGAAACACUACUCGAAGUCCGGAGAACCCUAAUGUCAAAAGACAUCAAGAUGGUAAUAAUAAAUCCAAGAUUCGAAGUCUUAGAAAAGAUGAUGUUAUCGCACUUUGUUGAGAAGGUAGGAAAGGAGUAUGUGUUCUUGAGCAUUGACGAUGCGGUUCAAGCAUGCCGGUUUAAUCUUUCCACCGCCAAACCCGAACAAUCUUAUUAG